GUUCACCCGCACGUAAACCCACCAUUCACAUUUAUUGUUGGCAAACUGCACCGUUGCUAGCCUAUGGACUAGCCACGGCGGUACCGAACAGCAAUCGUCGCUGGGAGUAAAGUUAGCCCAAAUCCGCCGCGUGACUAAGUUCUUUUGAGGAAUUUGACCUAUUCUUGAGAUAAGGGCGCAUUCCGCCACUGGGGGGAGUGUCUCGGGACCCUUUGACAUAGCCGCUGGGGUAUAAAUCAUUCCAGCCGGCGUUGGUAUAAAUAAGAGUCGACUAUGUGUUCGGUAUUAGGCAGAGUACGCACUGCUCAACGGAUAGCAUCUCAUACAUUGCGUCUCCGAUCGAUAACAGAGGGUUCGGCUUGCGCUCUAACCGAAAGUAGGCGCUUCUAUUCCGGUUUAAAUUCUUUCAUAGAGCCGUCGCGAGACAGUAGGAGGUUAUACUGCGCCAGUAUGGCGAUGAGACAAGGACUCCUCUUCAAACAACUGUUUGAGUCUGAAAGCUGCACAUACACCUACCUGCUCGCAGACACUGAAACCAAGGAUGCAGUCAUCAUUGACCCCGUCCUGGAGAAGCUCGACAGAGACGUGAAACUUGUCCAAGAGCUUGGACUCAACUUAACAGUUGCAGUAAACACCCACUGCCAUGCGGACCACAUCACAAGCACAGGACUGAUGAAGAAGAGGAUUCUGGGGUUGAAGAGCGCCAUCUCCAAGUUCAGCGGCGCUUCAGCAGACAUUCAACUGUCGGAGGGGGACAAAAUCCCUUUUGGAAAACAUUACCUGGUUGUGAAGGAAACACCGGGCCACACAGAUGGCUGCUCCACUCUAGUGCUGGAUGAUGAGCUCAUGGCCUUCACUGGGGAUGCUCUGCUCAUUAGAGGCUGUGGCAGGACAGACUUCCAACAGGGAUCUUCUUCAAAGCUGUAUGACUCGAUCCAUCAGAAGAUCUUUACGCUGCCUGAACAGUGCCUCAUCUACCCCGCACAUGACUAUCUAGGCCAGACCGUUUCCACAGUUGGAGAGGAGCGCAAACUGAAUCCCCGCCUCACAAAAAGCAAGGAAGAAUUUAUAAAGAUAAUGGACAAUCUGAAUCUCCCAAAGCCCAAAAAAAUCGACAUUGCAGUGCCAGCCAACCUUGUGUGUGGACUACAUGGAAUCUGAAUGGCCUGCAGAGAAGAGUGCACUAAUGAAUGAACUGGUCCGGCUCCAAAGACUAUUCAUAUCUGAUUUAGCGGACGUAAAGUGCUUUACCAUUAAGUGCUUUUAUUGUGUUUUUUUGUAAAUGUAUAUAUUUUUUUAGUGCAUUAAUUGACAACUAAAGUAAUUACUGUUGUGUUAAAAAAUACAAAUGCAAUAAUUUGUACCUAAAAUGUUCAAAAAGUCUAAUACUUGUAUUUGUGUUAUUUGUAAUGUUGAGGAGAGAUUUUUUGUUUCUAGAAAAGCAGCUCAAAUAGAACAGUUCAAUUCAAGGUUUGGUUUAGUAUUCAUGAAUGCUGCACAGGAACAACAGGUUUCUUGAGAGAGAGAGAGAGGCCUUUUCGGUGAUUCCGGACUCCCGUCAGCCAAGAGCGCACACAGGAACAGUCAUGCAUUUGUUAACCAGUACAGAAUUUUUUGCAUAACAGGAAAAUAAAUCCAGACUUUUUGCAUUCAAUAUCAUCAAAGGCACAGUUUCCAUUGCUGGAACUAAAAAUGCUUUGUGUGUCUUCAUCUGAAGAUAUCAAACAAAAAAACAAAAAAAUCCCAAACUCUGAAACCAUUAUCUGAAGAUACUAGACUUCAUUCUGUCUAAGGUUUGUUAGGAUCAUCAGCCACAGGAACCUGCACAUGUGAUUACAAACUGUGUGAUUGCUUUAAGGGGCUUUCAUCAAAAUAAAUUCAUUUUAGCAAAUGCAA